AUGCGCGGGCCUACAUCAGUCCUUCCACUACAACCCAACAAGCCGUUAUCAUCCAAGCAGUCUCUGAAGAUCCCAAAGAAGAAGGAAUACCCCUGGGACUCCCAUCAAGACGAUAUUGUCGUCAAUAGUACCGAGCUCAAUACAGCAGGCCGCAAGUCGUGUAUCGACCAUUAUCGACACCAACUCACUUUGCGGAAGACGUAUGAGCACAUCACCACAGACUUUGCAGAGGAUAUGGAGAAGUUCAUCCCUAGAGACGCGCUACCUGUGCCCUGUUCUUCAUCUCCACUAUCCUCUGAUGGUGAGACCAAGAAAGAGAAUGAUGACGGAGACAUGGAGCAUGUUAAGCAUAACAUCUGGGACGGCAAAGCCCGCCUUCCUAAACCCAAUUUCAACCGUCUCGAUUAUGACUGGCCAAUCUACCGCGCCAGAACCACCAAUCCUGCCGUCUUCCUCGCCAUAAUACGUAUCGCAGAAAAGAAUCUCCCCUUCAUAAACUUCGAUUCCGCAAUCACGCAUCUGCCCAACCGAGCCGUAAACGCUUCUCUACCAGUUCUUCCAUUUAACAACGCUCCCAAUCGAAAGUGGAAAGGCAAGGAGAAGGCUGUGUUCGCGGACGAUCUACUAUACGAAAAGAAGAAAGACGACCAACUCAUGACUGUACUCUUCUUGCCGGAAUUCUACAAGGAUGGUAAACAUGCUGUGGGUUAUUACGACAUAGCGCCUGGACGAGACAAGUCAAUGAGGCUGGAGGCUGAGAACGUCGUACAACUACUCUUCACUCCUUGCGACACGGAGGAUUUGGUGCGGUGGGGGCUAGUCCACUGGGUUUAUGAUGCGGGUAGUAUUGAUGAGGCGAGGACAUUGGAUGACGCGGCCAAGAAGGCUAUUGAGGAGGCGGGUAAAGAAUCUUCUCGAAGUAAGGGGACGGAGGAGGUGGGGAUCGAGGAUCAGGGCGAAGAGCCGGAUGCGGAGUUGAUGGAGUAUGUUGGAGCGAGAGAUGGGAAGUGGUUGAAUUUUGGUGCGGUGGAGGAUUACGAUGAGUGGGCUGAGGGGUUUAGGGUUGUGAGGAGGAUUUGGGAGAGGAUGAUUAAGGGUGUGGUGACCAGUGUGCAAGAGGGUGAAAUGGAAGCUCAGUAA